AUAAACAAAUUGUUUUCUCUCUUCAGCUUUUUGAAAUUGAUUAAACGAUUCUGUCCUCAAAAUGUUCAUAAGUUCAUGACCACUAUUCAUUAAUAAAUUUUAAUUUAUGAUAAUUUUACCGAGGAAUACGUUAUUGUUUUACCAAAAUCAAUAUCCUGGUGUGAUUGCUAUCAACACCUUUCAAUUGUAAAACAACAGUUACAGUGAAUUUUUAGUUCGUUGCAAAGAAGUCAUCAAAAAUGGCCUUAGCAUUGAAAAGAUUAUAUCAAACAUGGAAUUGGGUCUUCGAUGAACUGGCGGAUAAGCGAGCAACAGAACAGAAUUUGUUUUUAAUGACAUCAGUUUUGCUGCCGAUAUCAAUACUUGCAGCUUACUUUUACUUUAUUUAUAAUUUGGGGCCGCGUUUAAUGGAAAAUCGAAAACCUUUCAACCUCCGAAAUAUACUACUAGCAUACAAUUUUUCGCAAGUCAUUGCAAAUUUUUAUAUAGUAAGCGAGGCCUUUCCCGAGAUAUGGUAUCACAUGAAUUGGAGCUGUCAGAAGAUUGACUACAGCAAUAGCUCUCACGCCCUACAUAUACUAAAGCUGUACCACUUCUUUUUCCUUACUAGAAUGUUCGAUCUAUUGGAAACGAUAUUUUUCGUAUUAAGAAAAAAGCAAAAACAAGUGUCAUUUUUGCAUGUCUAUCAUCAUGCUGGUAUGUUUUUUAUGACAUGGAUCUGCGUAAAAUUCAUUGCAGGCGGAUAUGGUUCGUGGGUUGGAUUAAUAAAUUCGACUGUACAUGUUGUCAUGUACAUCUACUACUUCCUUUCAGCUUUGGAUGAUAAAUGGAAACGGAAUAUAACAUUCAAGAAAUCCAUCACACAAUUGCAAUUGGUGCAGUUUUCACUAUUGAUAUUUAUCUAUGGAAGACAAUUAUUCAUAGAAUGCGAAUAUCCACGCAUUUUAUCUUAUUUCUUUGUACCCCAAAAUUUCUUUAUGUUGAUACUCUUUGGAGACUUCUAUAGGAAAGCCUAUUUUAAUAAAUCUGUCAAACCACGAGCGCAAGAUUAAAACGUUGAUAUCAUCAUAGGAAUGGUGACUUUGUUUUAGAAGUUAUGAAUAUGUAUUUAUAGUUUCGGUUAUCUACUAAACGUAUAGUUGAUUUUUUGCAAAACAUAUACAUUCAUUUAUAAGGUUAAAUUAAUUCCUUUGUUCUAUCUUCAUUCUUUAACAAACUCAAUAUUUUAACAAACCUUGAUUAUUUUGUUAAGAAAAUUAUAUAUUAUUUUACUUAUCACUUUCACUAUAAUAUUUUUUGACAAGAAUCGUUUCCUUAUCGAUUCCACGAUUGUUAUUAGCGAUUACCCAGGAAAUAAAGCUCUAAAAAAUUUGGGAUUAGGCUCAUUUCACCCUCUAGCUCAUUUUCUAUAUUGUACCAUUCCACGCUUUGUGUUUUUUAAGGGUGAAAACUAUUCCUAAUUGUAAAAAAAUAUAAAAUAACAUUUUAAACCUUAACAUGGGUGAAAUUUGACUUUGAUUAGUUAAAUAAGGAUUGUUUUAUGCUGUAGGAUACAAUUUCAUAAUAUUUCAACCCUUAAUAACAAAGCCAUUUUUAUAAUAUAACUUAGUUGAUCUAAAUACAAAAAAAGUAGAAUUCCGUAGAAAAAAAUAUAUUAACACAUACAUUUACAUACAUAGUUACGCAUUACAUACAAUGAAAUUUACAAAUCUAGCUCAUUAAUUUUAUUUCCAUCAAAGUCGAUGUUGUCUUCGUCCUCUUCAAUUACUGGUGAACUACACAGUACUACAGUAACCACCCGAGCAAAGCAAGUGGAAUUGCAGUACAAUCCAAGUUUUCUGCACCCGCAUAAAGUGCCGCAUCCUCUUUUGCAUUAACAAAAAAUAAUUUUUAAAAGUUCAUCGGUACGCGGUGUAAUAAACAUUCAUUAAAAUGCCAUCCUCAAUCUGCUGCUCUGAUAUUUUCAUUUCCAAGCCACUCUUGAAUUUGAUACCCUUUAACCCACCAUUGUGAAGGGUAAAGAUAUAUCUAUGUAUAUAAAAAAAAUGUCCAUCGAAGUGUUUUGAAUAAGGAUAGCGCCACAUUAGCAUGGGGGUGAAUUCCAUACUUAUUCUUUUAGGUUAUAUUUAAUAUGAUCCACAUUUUCUUAUAAAUUUUCAUUGUCAAAAUAUUGAUUAAACUAUAUAUAUAUAUAUAUAUAUAUAUAUAUAUAUAUAUAUAUAUAUAUAUAUAUAUAUAUAUAUAUAUAUAUAACUCGUUUUCUAAGAAUUUUACUUAUAUUAGAAUUUAUAUUAUAGAUUUUGUAAGUAUGUUUGUAUGUUUUUAUGUCGAAUACUGAAUAAAAAUUAUUGCUUUAAUCAACAUUAAUACAUAAUAAAGCGAUAUACGUAUUUAAUGAUUACCAUAUUGUGAUCGUUUUUCUUAGUUAUUUGUAAUGAAAAAAAAAAACAAGAAAAAACAAAUUUUAAUAAGACAUGCAAUACAUUCUUACUAUGUUACUAUCUGAAACUUAAAUAAAUAACUGUUCCCAUACAUAGGUAGCACAUUCAUUGCACCCUAUAAUAUGCCAAUAUUCCUUAUUCAGUAAUUUCCCUUGUAUUUUGUCCUUUUACAACUAAUCAUGCUUUUAGACAUAAAUUAAACAAUAGAUGAAAUAGCAAUAAGUAAGUAGCUCACAAAGAAGCUGUUACUUUAGCGCUAUGGUAGUAAAAUGUCGAUUUAUUUCAGAUAAUUCCCUUCUAUUUUAGUAUAACAACAUUGUUAACUGUUAAAUACACAGGUUUCUUUUUAAAAAUGUUGGUAUUAUUUUUUUAUCCCUAAAAUUAAUUUGUCAAUUGGAAUUUUAGUAAUACUCAUACUGUUUACACUACCGCUACAAUUACACUGUGUAACCAAUGUAUCAUCUUCAGGGACAGAAGGUGAACUGGAUAAUAUACGGCACAUUAUUUUAAUAAAAACAAAGUUUGAAAUUAUAUUAUUCACAUACAAAACUGGCAGAAUUUCUUGUUUGGGAUAGAGGACUUCAAAUGGUCUAAAUUAUUUUAGUCUUAGGGUGGAAAAUAAGAUUAAUUGAAUAACCUCAAGUAGUUUUUCUAAAUUUCUUGAGAGAAAGAAAUAUUGGUUUCAAGUGAUUAUCAAAACUUUUUGAUUCUUACAUUUCACUUACACUGUAAUGACUCUAUCCAGUCAACAAGUUGUAC